AUGGUUCGAGUUACCGAGGAGCUGGCACUGGCGCCCGAGAGCGUCAACCUCUACUACACAAAUGACCCUCAGCUGGGCCACCUUCCCAUCCUGGUCUUCCACGGCGCGUCCACCACCGCCAACUUCACCCAGAACAGCUCGCGCAUACAGAUACAUGUCUUCACCCCGGCCGGCUUCCAGUCCUUCCCACGACUCACCGUCUCUCCGAACUCUCCCUUCUACUCGGUUGUCAGCCGCCUGCCGCGCGAGUUCCAAGGAGACGAGGUGUACAGAGGCCUCGCCUUUGGCCUCUUCAAGUAUUUCACCGAGCUGCCCGACGCCGUCAGGAGCCUGCUGAGGAAGCAAUAUCCCAACUCGGCGGGACACAGGCCAGGCUCAGGCCCUGCCCUAUUCGGUGAACAGCAUGCAGCUGAUCUUGCCAAGGCCAUGGUCAAGUCUGAGAACACAGCCGACAUUAUUCAGAUAUUAUCAGGCGCCCUGCAGACCCAGCACAUUAGUAACGUCGAUAUAGACCUCGUCCUCCCCCCAGGAUCCAUAAUACCGCUCAAUUAUGACGAGCUCGAGGACGUGCCCGACGAUGAUGACGACUUACUCGACCCGACCCUGAGGCAGUAUGGCAUGUACGCAUCAUUAGUGAAGCUGUGGGGCGAGCCUGUGUUCUUGCCGACCUCGAAAUUACGCAGGGCACCUUCGAAACCGACCUCGCUGAACCGGGGCAAGUCUUUCUCCAAAGACCAGAAGGAAGAGCUCCGAGUAAAACUGGUGGAGCUUGUCGAGACGGAGGAGCGCUAUGUGGCCAAGGUGGAAGAGCUGGUACAGGUCAUCGCAGCGGACUUUCGACAAUGUGCCAAAAAUCGCCCAUCCGACAGCAUGAGUCCGACCGAGGAGGAAGUGGACAGGCUGUUUCCCAGAUCGGCCGACAGUAUCCUGGAGCUCAACUCAGCAUUCAUGCACGAACUCCGCAGGGCUCUGGACGAGACGGAGGGAGGAGACGCGGUGAACCACGUGGACGCCUCCCAAGGGAGUGUCUCUCGGGCAGGCGGCUCUGCCAAGGCCAAGGAUCCAAGCGGUGCGCUUUCCGUGGCCCGGCUGUUUUUGGAGUGGUUUCCAAAGUUCACAGAUAGCUACCAGGACUAUAUCCGAGCGAGCCAGAACUUCCCUCAUCUCCUGAAUGGCUUCCUCGACAAGCAAUCCAGCUUCCGGCAGAGAGUGGCGCAGAAGGGCGACCAGACGAUCCGAUCAAUAUUAAUCGAACCGGUCCAGCGAUUACCUCGAUACAGCCUGCUCAUUGACCAGAUUGUGGGAUGCCUGCCGAUCACGCACCCUGCCUUGCAGCUUAUGCUCAAGGCCAGGGACAUUAUUACCAACAUAUGUUCGAUGGACGAGCCGCUGGUGGAUAAACCUCACGUCACGAACCGUCUCCGGAACAUGAUCGAGGCCUGGCCUCUCGACCUCGAACCACAAGGUCGCCUGGUGCUGGCCGUCGACUUCGCCGAGCUGGCCCCGCCGUACUGCUCGGAGAUACCCCAGUUGGGAGGACAGGAUGCGAACGGCAUACUAUUGCUUUUCUCCGACUGUGUGGUCAUGGUCAGGAAGAAGUCGAGUUCGAGCCCGACCGGCAGGGAGCUGGUCAGAGAGAUCGAUAAACCGUCUCCAGCCGGGCUUCUUGCAUCAAUGACCAAUGCAGCAGGUGGACCGGGGUCAUAUGAUCUUGUCUUUACGGGAUGGCAUUUUCUUGCUGAUGUCCGAUUCACCGAGUCAGAGGAUGGUCAUCUGCUGUGGAUGACGUCCACCAAAGAGAUGAAGGCAGCACAUACCAGCGACUUUGGGAUCGGUAGGGCUGUCACGUCGAACUGCUUCGUCCUGCAGGAGGCCUUUGAGGGAAAGGCUGGCAAGUUGAGCGAGGACAUUGUCAAAGCCCGUGUCGAAGGUCGUUUCUCGGAAAAGGAGCGCGAGUCUCCAACGUGGACGCUGAGAUCCGUGAAGAUGCCCGACAACCUCCUGGGCAUGCACGCUGCGGUGUUUCAGGAGGCAGCAGAGCAGCUCGUCGGAGGCCGCAGAGAACCUGCACCGAUCCGCAUCGUGGUCGACAACGAGAAGGGCACUAAGGGACACCCGGUCGGACACUACGGUGUCGAGAUCGUAACUGAGGUCAGGGGUGGCGACUUGAGACGUGUAAGGAUGACCACGCUUGGUCUGCACGGCAAGCAGUAUACGGACGAUGUGGCCCUAGAAGAUUUCGUACCCACACUGUCCAGACGAAUCAUUCAAUUGCUGAGCACUCAAUUUAACGUUGCCAAUCUCCACAUCACCCCUGCAUUAGUAUCUUAUUAUACAAAGAUCGGACGAAGUCUCAACUUCAACGCGUCAAGGGCGGAAAAGACGAGAUCGCUGUUCAGCACGUCUCCCGUCAAGAUGCUGUCGAGCUUCCUCGGUGGCAGCACGCCUGAUAUUACCUCGACGAGCCCUGGACCUAAGCAAAAAGAGCUCCUGCUCAGUCCGCCUCCAAACAUCAGCCGGGCAGCAGUAUCCAAAGAGUCCCUAGUGAGCUCCAUCAGGAGCCGUACCAGCCAGGACAAUGUCCCGAUCGGUUUUGAGGAGGACCGGCCUGAGAACCCGCUGGUUCGUCUCGAGCAGACCUUCACCGGAUAUGUCGCAUGCCUGCAGUCUCGCAAGGGUCAUUUCACGGCGCGUCUGCUGAUGAAUAGGUCCUCGGUCGACGAACUUGUGGUCAACGACCUGUACAAUCGACUCAUGGAAAGCCCAUAUGACCUGGAGGCUUCUUCUGAUGUCACCUCGGAGACCAUCUUUGUGGCCUUUGAAAAGUUCGUACGCAUUGCGUGGCAAGAACAGAUGGGAGAUGUGAUGUCGCCUAGACACCUCAAUCUUCUCCUGGAGCGAGCAGGCCGCAGGGUACCAGGUGAAUUCGGCGACUUUGUACGGUUCCUCUUCAAUGAGAUGGCACCUCAGAACCGCAGGGCAUUCACGGCCCUCAUCAAGCUACUUGCAAGCUUACUCGAAGGAUGCGGCAACGACGGCGACCGCGGGGCGCUGACUCUUGCCUUUGCCGAGCUCUUGGUCGACGACGGAAGCGCCCAUAACUAUAUCAACCUGCUCGACAGGCUUGUCGAAGACUGUGAUCGCAUCUUCGAGGACCCUAUUGCCAUGCUCACCAGUUUCUCCGACCGCAGCUCUGCUCACGGGUCCUGGAACUCGAGGACACGGGACUACAAACCAGGGACCGGGUCUCUCAACUCCAACACUUCGUCGCUGAGGAGAAAAUUUGGAUUUGACAAUCUCCUGCGGUCCAAUAGCAAAAACGACGGGGAUCGCUCUUCAUCCAUCGAGACAGGCGCCUCUUCGAUGCCGAACAAGCUGAGACGGCCAGCCUCACGCGAUAGGCCGCGUGUUGCUGGUGCGUUUGAUGACUUGAGCACCCGUCCGCAGAGCGUACAUCGACCGUGUAGCUCACACCGGCUCGAGACGAUCGGCGAGCCAGACGUUGAGGUCAUUGAACCGCCUAAGCCACCCAAGAAGAAGCGCCGCAGCUCCCUGUCUGACCUCAAAAACCUCAUGGAGACGGUGGUCACCCCGGAGGAAGAACAACCAACUCUACCUUUAAACAUCGCCAAGCAAACAUCGGAAAAGUUCAACUCACUCCCGAUGACGCCUCAGACGACUCGGAGCCUACGGUCUCCCCGGCCGAAGAUCACUGCUGCAGGCGAGCCUCUGCAACACAUCUUUGCCACUCCCCAGGUCCCCUCUCCCGGCGGUUCAAUCAGAGUACGGAAGCACGCAAAGACAUUGUCAACGUCAAGUAUACCGUCCCUGAAGCCUACUCGACUUCCCCUAGCUGGUGCCUUUACGCCCACGGCCCCUCCUGAGGUCAACAAGUCGGCUGUGAAGUCCCCGACUGGGAAACUGCGAUUGCAAUCGCCGCAGAAGCUCAGAGAGCGGCUGCAGACGGAGAAGAAGGCUGUGGAAGAUGUCGACUCCAGCCUCAAGUCGGAGCUCUCGCGCAUCUCGGCAGACAUGGCCCGCGUAAACACGAUGUUGCCUCGCUCCAACACACAAGACGUCCGCAAGCUCUCGGCAUCGGUCAAGGCACUGGAGGACCGGAUCCCAGAUGUGCUGCGAGAGCUAGACGAGCGGCAGAAGACCAUCCAGGAGGACAUGGAGGCGACGGUCAAGGCAAGCGAGGCCAAGGUGAAGGCAAUCGACCAGCUGUACAAGGAGGCGACGGCCGAAAACGAGCUGCUGUACGAGAAGUUCAAUACGGAACUGGGCAAGAUCGUCAAGGCGAUCCGCGGCAAAGGCCGCGAGGACAGGGAGGAGCUCAUCACGAAACUCAAGGACACGAGCGAGGAGACGGCCUACGUCAAGAAGGAGAACGCAAGACUCAGGAGGGAGAUUGUGAGCCUCAGGGCGCUGCUGAAGGGCAGCGGAAGCAGGCGGGAGUCAUCGGAGUGA